GAGAGUUGGCAACCCUGCACCCUCUUUAUCACUUUUUGUUUCUCCAACUAACCAAGUGCGCAGUUAUUUUUGUAUCUCCGUGGUGGCUGUCUUCGACGAAAUGUACCAAUUCGCUAUAGUUUUCACGUUGUGCUACAUGUAUAUGUAUAUCGGAAAAACAUUAGGGAAGCCGGAUGAGCCUGCUCCCAAAAUGUCCUCACUUAUCAAGUGCCUCCAUAGGAACAUUUCCUGUAACUCAACAAUGGCGGGAUACACUUUCCCAUUCUCGUGUCCUGCGGAAGGAGAAGUUCACGUAUAUCAAAAUAAGUCUAAAAUUGCUGUUUCUCUUGAUGGGCCUCGACCUUUUGAUUAUUCGGAUGAAGUGAAGAACAUGACGUCUGAUUCAGUCACUACAAGACACUGCAGAGACCUCUACAUACAAUGCUUUUUUACCGGAGAGAAUAAGUACCUUACCGAAAUCUGUGUGGAUUAUAAAGUUACCGAGGAGCCAGAGAAGCAGGAUGAGCCUGAUCCUACAUUUCCCCCAAAGAAACGUAUUGUUGGACUUUGUGUUGUUGUGGGGCUAAUUGUGAUCAUUGUGGUGCUGCUCUGUUGGAACAAGAAGCAAUACUGUGCACGUAAAGUGUCGCAGUUUUCAACGUACCUAUGCUCUUGUCUCAGAAUAACAAAGAGGGAAGGAGCACAGGUAACUAGACACCCUGCAGGAAGUGGAUUCCAGGAGAACAUAGCUGGUGAUUUGGAAGGACAACAACUCAACGGUGAUAUAAGGCUGUGUGAAAUAGCUGCCACCGAUCUAGAUGGAAGCGUUGAAAAUGAUAUAGAGUACGAUAAAACACUUGAAAGUGUGCAUGUUCCCAGUAUUGAUCGUGAAGCUGAUGGCAGGUCUGCUCCAGUCUCUAGUCUGGACCACAAUUUGAGCUGCGAGGGUGUCCAGCCCACUAAAAAUGGGAACAUACAUGCACCUGUCGUAAUUAAAGACCCCAAUCAUCGAGCUAUGAACGGAAGUGUGAGGGAUGAUCCAGGAGGAAUUAAUGACAACAAUGGAGAACACUUCGUGAGGAACGAGGAAACGCACAAUGGAUGUGCUCCUGGUUGUGGGGGUCCUGAAGCUUGUGAGAAUGAAGGACACCGCCUGCUGCCUCCUGAGAGCGCUGACAGGCAAGCCCUCCAACCUCCUGACAUGACGGAUGAAGCCAGAGCUUUGGUGAACAAGGCCGGCUUUGAGUCAAACCAGCCCAGAAUGUGCUCUACUGCACCGGAAAAUGGCGUGAAGUCAACCACCAACAUGGGGAACUAUCAAUAUUGAUAACUAUUAUUAUAGAUAAAAUAAUAACAUAUAUAUAUAUAUAUAUAUAUAUAUAUAUACACUAUAACUAUAUGUCUCACAAGGUAUGUGGUACAUUUACUGGCAGCUUCUUUGUAAUCAAGCCCAGCACUUUCAUUUAAAUCAAAACUUUCAUCAUCAUCUAAAAGCCCUCUCUACCAAAUUGUAUACAAUUGCAUCCUAUUCAAAUCAUUCUGUUGACAUAUGUGAUCAGUCACAGAUGGAUACAUCUUAAUUUGGCUUAUUACAUUUAAACUAAUAUUAGUUAUUACAGCAACAAACACAAAGACACGCGUGUGCUUUGUUAUUGAGAUACAUAGUGCAUGGCUUGACCAAAGUAUGGGUGAACCAAAUAUCAGAAAAUGUACCACAUUCUCAGCUGCGAGACUAAAAAAUAUAAUAAUACUUAUACUAUGUUUAUAAUCUACGGAUGAAAUACAUUUGUAUAAGCUAUAGAUAUAUCAUAUUAUACAAUGACUUGUUAAAAUAUUUCAUUUUAAUGAGACAUGAAUGGAAAACAUAUACAUAUAAUGUAUGAUGUCCUUUAUUGUUUUAUGUUUCAUGUGGAACCUACUGUAUAUGCUGCAGGUCUCCCUUGAAAAAGAGAUCUAUGAUCUCAAUGGGACCAAUCUGGUUAAAUAAAGGUUUGAAAUGAAAUGAAAAAACAUUAUAAAGAAUGUUUCCUCUUUUUUAUUGGAGUUGUAAUAUCGUAUGUAUCCAUUCUGUUAUAAGUAAGUCUGCUAUUAAUUCUUGUUUAUCAUAUAACAUUUAUUCAAGUGCCUUCACUAUUUUGUCAUUUUAAAGCAUUUUACUCCGCAUAUGCAAAUUCAGAUUAUAUUGAGAUUGUUCUUUUCUUGCUUACGUGCUUUUAUUAUUAAUCAAUUUAUAUAUAAAUGAGAAAGAAUACAAUUGUAAGUGCAUUACAAAUUAUGAAUUUUUGUCUUUUAAAUAAAAUGCUAUAUCCACCCUGGA